GGCAUACGGCUGCCUUUCCCUUUUUUUUGCUAUGAGCUGGCCUAGUCAUGGAGCAAGUGCGAGGCACUGGCCUGGGCCCAAAAACGGGCACAUCUGAGCCAUGGCCAUUACAGCUCUUCGAUGCCUGGGCGCGGAGCUCACCAGGGCAGGAGAUCCUGCGGUGCGAGGCGCUGGCCCUCACGGGCGGGGAGCUGUUGGCGCGCAGCGAGCGCCUUGCGCAGCUGCUGAGGCCUGGGCCUUUCGUGGCAGUUUGCCUUCCCAGAGGUGCCGGUCUGGUGGUGGCGCUGCUGGCUGUAUGGCGCGCCGGCAAGGCCUACGUUCCCUUGGAGCCCAGCUACCCCUUGCCUCGACUGCGCUUCAUUCUGGAGGACUGCCAGGCCUCCCUGGUGCUGGUGGAGCGGAGCACCGAGCCCCGGGGUCUUUGUGAAGAUGGGCGGCUGCUGAGGCUGUCCUGGCCUGGCGGUGAGCCGGAGGGGUUGGAGGCGCCGCUGGUGCAGGGGCCGCCGGAGGAGCCGACCCACUUGGCCUACCUGAUCUACACCUCGGGUUCCACUGGACAGCCCAAAGGAGUCCUGGUGUCACAGGCGGCUGUGUGCAAUGUGCUCCACGCUUUCAACGGGGCGCUGAGGCCUGAGGAGGAUCCAUCAGAUGUGCUCGUUUCCGUGACGACCUUCUGCUUUGACAUCUCAGUCUUGGAGAUGUUUUGGCCGCUGUGCUUUGGCUUUCGCCUGGUGCUCUGCUCCCUGGCGGUGGCACGGAGCGGCGGUUUGCUGCGCAGCGCGCUGGAAGGCGUGCGCGGAGCUCGCCUCAUCUUCCAGGCCACGCCCAGCAGCUACCGGGCGCUGCUGCAAGCAGGCUGGAGUGGAGGACCUCACGUGACCGCAAUUUGUGGUGGUGAAGCCUUCCCGACCGUGCUGGCGGGACCGCUUCACCAGAACGGUGCAGCGUGGAACGCCUACGGCCCCACGGAGGCCACUGUGUGGUGUGCAGCCCAUCGGCUAACCGAUGCCGACACCAACGGUGCGCCGGUGCCCAUCGGCGGGCCCGUGGCAGGGAUGCAGCUCUUUGUGGAAGGCGACGCAGGCGAUGAUGGAGGUGAAGUAGAAGGGGAGCUGCUGAUUGGGGGCGUCGGCCUGGCGGAGGGCUACCUGAAGCGCCCGGAGCUCACCGCGCAGAAGUUCCGCCCAGGCCCUUUGGGUCGCCGGGUUUUCUGCAGUGGCGACCUGGUGCGGCGCAGGGAAGGCUUGCUGUGGUGCUUGGGCCGCCGGGACCACCAGGUGAAGAUCCGGGGCUUUCGCCUAGAGCUGGGGGAGGUGGAAGCCACUUUGGAGGCUCAGCCGGAGGUGCGUGGGGCGGUUGCAUUGGUGCUGGAAGGCGAGCUCCUGGCCGUGGUCGCCGCGGCCGGCCCUCCGCCGGCGCUGCGGGCUUCGCUGCGGGCGGCGCUCGCGGCGCUGCCGAGCUACGCGGUGCCGCGGCGCCUGGCGGCGCUGGAGGCCUUACCGCUGCUGCCUAGCGGAAAGGUGGAUCGCCGGGCGCUGCAGGAGCAAGCAGAGCAAGGCCGACUGGAAUUUUGGCCUCUGGCGGACACGGAUGAGCGUGGCGCGGAGGUGCGACCUUUGCGGGAGGUGGUCAUCGAGUCAGUGGCUAUGGUCACGGGCGUGACAAUCGAGGACAAUACAGAGGAAUUUGUGUCGCUGGGCAUUGACUCGAUGAGUGCUGUACCCUUGGCCGAGCUGCUCUCAGUGCGGUUGCUGCAGAGUGCCGAGCUGCCGCUGGAGGAUCUUUACGUAUACAACACCUUGCAGGCGCUUUGCGGCUACUUGCAAGGCCGAAUGGCAGAGCUCACUUCGGAGCAAGCUCCGCCGCAAGCCACGAAGACCAAGACCUAUGCCCAGCUGAAGAAGAGCCGAGCCCGCGACACAAAGGAAGCUGUGCCCAUGCUUCCUGGUCUGGAGGCGUGCCGCGAUGGGAACUUGUCGCUGCUGCGGGAGGUGCUGGAGGAGGGAUCCUUUGACGUCCAUGCCACGGACCGUUUCGGGGGCAGCGGCUUGCACUGGGCGGCCAGCGGCGGGCACCUUGAGGUGUGUCGCCUGCUGGUGGAGCACCAGGCCUUGGUGGGGUACGCUGACAAGAAGUCUGGGCGCAUGGCUCUGCACUGGGCUGCCAGACAAGGCAAGCUGGAGGUCGUGCAGUGGCUCGUGCUUGAGCAUGGCCUGCCGGUGGACGCUCAAACGAAGGAUUGUACCACGCCCUUCCAACUGGGAGCUUGGGGUGGACACGUGGAGGUCUGCCAGUGGUUGCUGCUGAAGAAGGCGGACCUGUGGCACCAGAACUCUUGGAGCUGCCUGGCGCAUCACUUUGCAGCACUGGCAGGCAUGGAGGCGUGCUGCCGCUGGCUCCGGCAGCAGGGCUUGGACCUGGGCACGCCCAACAACCAAGGCCACAAUGCCUUGCACAAGGCUGCCUAUGGCGGCCAUGCUGCGCUCUGCCAAUGGCUUCAGGAUGAAGUGGAUCUGGACCCCGCGGAGUGUGACGUGAGGGGCCAAAAUGCCGCCGCCCUUGCGAGAAAGGCGGGCUUCGAGGACCUUGCACAGCGCUUGGAGCAAGCCUGACCGGAAGUCUACAUAGCUCAACGAGGAAAGCUGGCAAGCCGGCUAGCCAUGGCCUUCAAGCCCAAGCACAACAUCUUCCAUGUCACCCUGGUGACGGAGAAGGAGGCAGCCGCACAGGCAAGUCAGAACGCCUGCGGGUCCAGGAGGCUGAGGCCCGCCUGGCCAUUGACGCCCUCCUUGAAUGUGUACGCCCACCGACACACCUUCAAGUGCAUUUAUGCAGCCUGGUGUGCCAUGCCCCUGGCUGUCUGCUACGACAGCCAAGAGCACAGCAAAGCGGGCUGCGAGGAACUUUGUUCGGGAAGUGGGCCUGCCUGAGCCGAAGGUGGCAGCUGAUCUUGAGAGGACAUUCAAAAAUCAUCGCGGAGCGGAACGCCUGUCGGAAGAUCCACGGCAUGGCACCGUCGCAUCAAAGUAUUGCCCAAGGACUGCAGCUGGGCGGAGAAUCGUGGGUGAACGUGCU